AUGGGAGCUUUUCUCACCCUGUCCACCUCUGCUGCUGCCAUUCUCCUGGUAAUUCGUGGAGGUUUGUGUGUGGAUAUCAUUGGAGGAUAUGAAGUACCACCACACUCAAGACCAUUUAUGGCCCUAAUCCGCGGAGCAAAUAAAAAGCUUAUUUGUGGAGGAGCUCUGAUCAAGGAAGACUGGGUGUUAACAGCUGCCCACUGUAAGGUGGAAGGAGGCGAAGUUGUUCUCGGAGCUCAUUCACAGGAAAAAAAAGAAAAAGAAAAACAGUUUUUUCAGAUUGCCAAACAAAUUCGCCACCCGUGCUACUGUUCCAGUUGUAAGGAAAAUGACCUUAUGCUGCUGCAGCUUCAGAAAAGAGCAAAAAUUACUAAAGCUGUGAAAGUGAUUGACCUGCCUGACUCAGAUGAUGAUCCCGAACCAGGAACAAUUUGCACAGUAACAGGAUGGGGACAAACUGGCAAUCAGAAGCGGCUUUCUGAUAUCUUGAGGGAGGUCAACAUCACUGUCAUCAGUAGGGAAAUCUGCAGUAACAAUCGUCAUUAUAAAAACAACCCUGUUAUAACAGACAACAUGAUAUGUGCAGGCGAUAAGAAAGGAGGAAAGGACUCAUGUCAUGGGGAUUCUGGCGGACCCUUGAGGUGCAAUAAUGAGCUGAGAGGCAUCACUGCUUUUGGGAAGGCAAACAAAUGUGGCGCUGUUGAUGGCCCUGGUAUCUACACUCGACUCACAAAGCAAUACCUUCAGUGGAUAAGGAAAACCAUAGGGGGAGCAUAA